AUGCCAUCGGACAUUGUCAAUCUCAUGUUGAAACAGUACGAUACGUGUGCUCGUGAGGGGGGUAUUCGAAACAAAAACGCGUACCUGUUGGGUAUUAUCAAUUCAGGUCCUAGAAUGGGGCUUUCUCAGGGGGUUGUUGUCCCUCCCAGUGUCAAGUUCUCCCUCAUGCAGGGAGUUGUCUUGGAUGAUCUUAAUGCCCUGUCCGUGACUGAGAUUAACAUCAUUCUGGGGGAAUUCGACAAAGAGAUGCGUGCACGUGGUUCCACCAUCUACGACAAGUAUUCUUUUCUGGCGGACAUUAUCCGAAAACACAAACCCGCAACUCCCAAGCGCAACCAAAAUAAUCAGCAUCAGUACGUCGUGGGCAAUGCCACUCCUAAAUCCAACGACGCCUCCAGAAAACUUGAUGCACAGCUUAUCAGCGCCAUGAAGGAGCAAAAUGCCGAAACCACCAAUGUUGAGAUUGUUGCAAAGGUGCAGCCCAAAACUAGCGAUGAAAUGGAAGACACCCUGGCAUUGUUGGCCAACAGUAUGGAGAGGGUCCAGAUGUUGACUGAGAGCCUUGCCAAAGUCAGAGGCGAACUUGUCGCCGAGAAGGAGAAACGAAGCAGUCAAGAAGCCAUUGCCAGAUCCGAACAGAUUCUCCGCGAAGCGACGGAAGAACGUUUGCAAACAGCACUCCAAGAACUCGACGCCGAGCGCGACGCACGGGAAAAGCAAAAGGAGGAGUACCAGAUGACGCUCAAGUAUGAAAACGAUCGUCGUGAAGCUACGGAAAAGGAGAUUCAUGAUCUCCGCGAAAAGGUUGAGAUGGAACGGGCAGAAAAGCAUCGGGCGGAGGAUCGGUUGUCUGUGUUGGAGGAAGUGCUCAUUUCGGAGAGAGAUGUGCGUGAUACUGAACGAGGAACAUCGAAUGGGCUCCCGGGAUUCGAUAGCCAUGAUUUUGACAGCGACGACGAACAUCAUCAUUAG